UGGUAGUCUCAUGAAUCAGUACUUUUUAAAAUCGAUGUUCUGAGGUCUAUUGAUCAAUCUGGAGUCUGCCGAUUUUUCAAUUGUGUCAACAAGGUCGGCGCUCUUGUAACGUGGUGCUGUUUGCGGCGCUGCAAACCAUACAAUAAUAUUGGUAUAAAUAUCCGAACAAAUAACGUAUUUUUUGGUGACAAGAAUGAAGACGUCACUUUUAAGUUUCCCGUGGGAACGCGAACUGCAGCCACGGUUCCACGGUCUCGAUGACGCACAGCUCGCAAAACUGCGCGCAGCGCUCGACAGUACACUCUACCUUUCACUAAGCGCACGAAUUGGGUCCCCCAGUAUGUCGGCCGUAGUCUACAAGACUGAGGUUGCCGGCUUUCCCGUUGCCGUAAAGUUUGAGCCCAACAUGAACAAGGCCAUGUUGGAGGGGUUCGCUAUGAACUCACCGACCGAAUCCCAGAUUACGUCUUACAGUACUACGAUACACCAGAGUGCACAUCGGAAUCGCACAAUUAUUUAAUUUUGGCGAUGGAGUUAGCGAUAGGUGACCUUACACAAAUUCUGCGCUGGGGCUCGAUUGACUACGAUCAACUGCGUGUGCUCAUUAUUGACGUUUUUUACUCUAUCGAGGAAAUGGCGAAUCGUGGAGUCUACCAUGGCGACUUACACGCUGCCAAUGUGUUAGUGAUCAAUCGUGGCGGACGGGAUAUGGCGGUAAUUGGCGAUUUCGGCGAGAGUACGUAUUCACAGUCCGAAACCAACACUUGAGCGACGCGUACCGCUUUAUUUCAUCGCUAAUAGAGUGGAUACACACCACGGAGUUUGCAUACGGACUCUACGAUCUCAAAAAGGCACUGAAGCUCUGUGGGAACGAAAAUGCCCGAACCGAGGAUUUUUCGACUAAGGAAGUAAAGGUCCUUUGUAGCCUCCUUACGUUCUGUUGAUGAUGGAAUCCCCUGCUACGUACUCUAAUAGCAGGCUAUAUCCCUUCCCCUUUUUAUUAAGUAAGUUUAUUUUUAAAUCUAACAUGCUGUUCCGGCGAUGUACGAACUAGGGCCAAACUCGGCUAGAGUUACGGCUGGAUCACUAUGGAACUCGUUAGUAGUCUCCGAGUACUGCCGGGCUCUAUACCUAAAUGACACUUCGCUCUUUCCUAGCUGCUGCAUACAGUCUACGCGCCACACAUAACCCUGAUUGGACUCAGUUGCCCCCGCAACGAAAACCGUUGGUGGUUGUAAUAUGAGAGCUCCCCGCUUCAGACCACUCCCUAAAACUCAGCAGACUGUGGAGUAGGGUAACCGCUUUACAAAGCAGGGACGAGGGUGAAAUGCGGGCAAAGUCAAUUGGUAACUGGCACGGAGUGUCUAUGAAUGUCUCUUGACCAUACACACCAGUGAGUGUAGUAAGGACAUCGUAGUCUACAGGAUGACAAGUGUACAAUGGUCUUAUGGCAAGCACACGCAGCCUGAAUGUUGGGAACGAGACGCGCCACAAAGGCUUCGUGGAGGUGCAGGUCCACCCACGGCUAAUAAAAAUAAAUACGUUGAACAA